AUGGUGAGAGCAACCGACCCCACCACUUACUUCCGCAACCUUCCUCCACUUGCUGUCAACUCACCUUCCCAGUUCAACCCCAACUUCUACAACGAAGACGACCCCAUGGCCAUGUAUCAACAUCAGAUGCUACGCCGCGGUGGCGCUCCCCGCCGAUUCGAUGAAUAUUUCCGCUGCUACCCCAUCGCGAUGCUUCCCGGUCCGGAUCGCGUCGAUGCAAACCACGGCGGCAAAGUGUUCCUCCCUCCCAGUGCAUUAGACAAGCUCACCCGCCUCCACAUCACAUACCCUAUGCUAUUCGAGCUCAUCAAUGGUGCAGCUGAUGGCAAGAAGACACAUGCCGGUGUGCUGGAGUUCAUAGCAGAGGAGGGCAAGAUCUAUCUCCCUUACUGGAUCAUGCAAACGCUCGGCCUAGAUCCUGGCGACUUGUUGCAGGUCAAAUCCACAGACUUACCACUGGGCUCCUUCAUCAAGCUACAGCCCCAGGACACGUCGUUCCUAGACAUCUCAGAUCCCAAGGCGGUGCUUGAGAAUGCCUUCCGCAACUUCUCGUGCCUGACCAAAGGCGAUAUAUUCAGCUUCAGCUACAACGACAACAUCUACAACAUUGCUGUUCUUGAAACAAAACCCGCGCACGCCAGCAACGCGGUAUGUACCAUCGAAACCGAUCUAUCCGUCGACUUUGCCCCACCCAUCGGAUACGAAGAGCCAAAGCGUACAAGCGGUACGAGCACGCCACGCAGUGGUAAGGGUGUCAUGGCCGGUAAGGGUGGAACGGUUCAUUCGCACGGAUCCAUGGCACAGGCAAUCAACUACGCUGCCAUAGCCCCAACAGCAACCUCUGCUGCUGCAGGCGCCAAAGCUACCUCAUCACACUUCCUCUCGGCAGGCAACAAGCUCAGCUCCAAGAAGAACAGUAAAGCGCCCACGCCACAGGCGUCUACCCCGGUUGCUGUUCAAUCUACAAACCCUCCACCCACUGUACGCAGGACCAACGGCCCACAACCAUUGCGGCUACCGCACGGAAAGUUGUUCUUCGGUUACGAGAUCAAGCCGGUAAAGAAGGAGGGUGAUGUCACUGACGAGGGUCCUAAGAACUUUGGGGGAGAAGGCCAGACAUUACGGAAGAAGAAGGGAGAUAAAUGA